ACAAACAAAUUUAUUAACUGCAAAAGAUAGAUUUUAAGUGAUUAUAAGUCAAAGCACAAGAAGUCAGAUUUGGUCAAAUGAAAGAAAAACAAAACACAUUCUAAGCUGAUCUUAACACUUUCAGUUCCCUUACAAACUUAGAUACGCCUCACCACAGCUGGCUGGCUGCCCUUCAACCAGGCUCUCCCCUUUGAUCAGCGCUUCAGUCACUCGGUGGUGGUGUCUGUAGAUGUAGGUGGAAGAGAAAGAGCACGUCAAAGUUCUCUCCCUUUUAUCAUGUUCUUUCUUCCCUCUUGGCUUUGCCCCCACCCCCCGCUUCAGAGUCAGGUGAGCAUUACCUCACUGUAGUCCCAAACUGACCAAGGGAAGGGGGGUGACUCACUUGAGAGUCCAAUAGAUCCUUUGUUGCUGCCUAGGCCAGUGUCCUUUGUUCCUGUGAAGCUGGGCUGGGUUUGUCCCAUACAUACCCUGAUGAGGUGUGUACUGCCACUCUGCUCCUGGAGAGUUUUGCCUGAGCUUCUUUUAAGCCAUGAGGACACAUUUUCAGCCUCAUAACUAUAUACCUGAAAUUACAACCUAUAACAUUACUAUAACAACAAUGCUCAGUGCAUCAUGAGCCUUCCAAAGACACCCAAGAUGACAAACUUUGCAUUGGAUACCACACAAUCAUAUUAUAAGGAUGAACAUGGGGGUGCAGGGUGUUCCCCUAAGGUACAGAGUGUCACAACAUGACGAGUGGCAGUGGAGUUAUUCCUUAAGCUACAAAGGCAAGAGGAGUGCAACAUUCAUCUUCCCAUGUGUAGUAGCUACGACACGUGAUUGCUUGUGGCAUUCAUGGAGGUGCUGACCACAGUGGAACACCGCUUUUGGGCUCAGAAAACAAGCACUGAGUGGUGGGAUCACAUUGUCAUGCACGUCUGGGAUGACGAGCAAUGGCUGCAAAACUUUCAGAUGAGGAAAGCCACAUUCGUGGGACCGUGUGAUGAGUUUGCCCCAGCCUUGCAGCCCAAAGACAUGAGAAUGAGAGCUGCCAUGUCGUUGGAGAAGCACAUGGUGAUUGCACUGUGGAAGCGAGCUACUCCAGACUGCUACUGAUCGGCCGCUUACCAGUGUGGAGUGGGAAAGUUGACCAUUGGACUCUGAAAGGCCAUGACUCUGGGCAACAUGCGUGACAUCGUGGGUGGCUUUGCACAAAUGGGCUUCCCUAACGACCACUUCACUCAGCCACUGCCUCUUCCUCCUCCUCCUCAGACCAACCACAACAGCACCUUCUGCCUCAGCACCGCAGCCCCAAUCCCAGCCAAGUGCCAAGGGGAGGCCAGAGGGCAGGGGGCUGGAGAGUGAGCCCAGCCCACACUCGUCUGUAGUGGUGUGUCCUGUCCCAUGGGGCUGUGCCUGGCUCCCCAUUGCAGGCUGAGUGAUGGGUAGGCUCACUCUAUAGCCCCUCCCCCCAUUGCCCCUUUCACAAGACUGGGUUUAGGGUCACAGUGCAGAGGUGGAAGGUGUUGCUGCAAGUGGUCAGAGCCCCCAGGUCACAACACCCACAGCAGGGAGCCAGGCCCAGCCCUGUGGGUCAGAAGACACCACUGCAGGGUUUUUGCGGGCGUCAGUGCGCCCAUGAACCCCUGAUCAAACCACCCUGGUAUGAACUUCUCCUCAUGUCUGUGCUCCUCCCAUGUCUCUUUCUUUACAACCCACUAGAUGGGCUCUCUGGCCUGUGAGCCAGACAUCAGCAACGACUUGCUGUUAAUGGUCAGGAUGCUCUUAGCAGGUAGCUGAAGAGAUGUGCAGCUUUCCGAGUCAUAGCAGACACUGUAAAUUCCUCCAACCAAGCCGAAGAGCUCUGGGAUCUGCGUGCCCCCAGGAGCGGGUCAUGGGGCUCCCAGAGGGGAACGUCCCCAAGGCAUUUCCUUCCCAUGUCCCCCUGAGGUGUGCAGCUCUGAGCAUGCUGAGAUCCACGGCUACAGCUGCAUAAACUACGAGGGGCAGGGGUCAAAGAUAAAACCCGAAUCCUCCUACAGCCUGACAAUGUGUGUCCCCAGACUGUGCCAUCAAAACGGAGACACUCAGGCUGUACCUUCAAAAUGAGAUCAACUCUAGCUUGUCAGAGUAAGCCAAAAAGUCUGGACACCAAUGGCUUCUGGGAAAACAAUGCAGCAGAAACCAAGGUGCAGCACCUGGACCUUUCUAGCAGUUGGCCCCAAGCCCCCAGGUUGCCUAUAUAGGGCUUGAUCUUGCUUCUAUCAGAGUCAAUGUCAACACUCCCAUGGAGCCCACAGAGAAAUAAAGCUACUGUGACUGCACUAAAAAUCCUGCCUCUGAUGCUCUUACCUGAGCUGUCGACUCUUGAUGCUGGUGAUCUGGCUGUUCAGGCACCUUAAUUCUGGCAUUUCGCAGUGUUUACAUGCUUGACUUCGCCACCGGAACUUUUUUUUAAUGUCGUUCUCUGCAUGGAAUUGAAUCUCAGCUGUGCCCUCACGCAGUGCCAGCCUGCGCUGUACGGCCUGCCUGCAGAGUGCCCUCACUGUGGGCAAGGCAGAGUUCAGGGGCUGUAGCUUAGGCUACACUUGCAACUGAACGACAAAAGUUUUGCUGUGGCAAGUGCAAGUGUAAACAGCGCUUUGUCGACACAGCCUUGUCGCGAACAGCUGCGCAGUGUAGACAUAGCUGAAAUGGUCUCCGGUUUACACUGUCUAAAGGACAGGAGAAUUUGGCCAAAGCUUGCCACACAAAGCAAAGUGAGGUUCAAAAUGGCAGGGGCUUUGAAUCCUUAGUGUCCUGUAGCAUUUAUAUUUACAGAAAUUUCAAAAGCAUCCAUAACCCUGACUUUCUACCUGAGCUUUGUGAAACCCCCUCCUCUCCUGAAGGAGCCGAAAAAUCCUUCAGUGCACUUGUAACCCUCUGGUGAGUGUGUGUCAUUCACACCCCCCUUGAUGGCUGACCCACAGGGUUUGUGGGUUUUUACAGCUCUGAACUUCACAAACUGACUCUUUAGCUCCAGCUGUAGAGACUUGUGCUAAGCGCUGUAGGUCCCCACUUCAAUCCCCAGUGAGUGCUGGGAUGGGUUAAGCAGUUCCUGCCUGUGGGGCAGAGGAUAUGCUCUCCCUUCCAGCCUAUGUGACAAGCAAUACACUUCAGAUUGGUUCAUAUUCUUCCCCCUCUCUUCAUUGCCCCCCGUUCUCCCAUCCCUUCUCCCCACCUCCAUCCAUUCCUUCUCUCCUGCCCUCUCCCUGACCUUCCCCCUCUUUUACUCUCUUUCAGUUUCACUUUCCUGUUUUCUCCCCCUCCCCGUCCUGGCUCCUCCUUUUUCUUCUUCUCCUUCUGUGGCUGGGACUAGCAGAUACUUGCAGGCGGCCCCUCCCAGUGUCAGCACAAGCCCACACUGCACAGCCGAGGGCAGAGAAAACAGAUACUCACCCAGCUGCCAUGGCCGCUGCAGCUACAGCAGGGGAAAUACAAGAUGAAGCUAUUUGCUCCAUCUGCCUGGGGUAUCUGACGGAGCCGGUGACUAUCGCCUGUGGGCACAACUUCUGCCGAGCCUGCCUCACCCGGUACAGUGAGGAGAAGGGAAGGGGGACACCCCUGACCUGUCCCCAGUGCAGAGCCCGGUUCCAAAAAGGGGAGUUCAAGCCCAACGCCCAGCUGAACAACAUCCUACAAAGGAUCAAACAACUGGGGUUAAAACCAGGAAAAGGGCAAAAGGAGGAUCUGUGUGAGAGACACGAGGAACGUCUCAAACUCUUCUGUGAGGAGGAUGGAGAAACUAUUUGCUUGGUGUGUGAGAAAUCCCGGGACCACAAGUCUCACACUGUGGUUCCCAUUGAGGAGGCUGCCCAGGAGUACAAGGUGAAACUCCAGGGAGCCCUGGGCCCUCUGAGGAAGGAGCUGGAAGAGGCCCUGGCUCUGAUGUCGAAAGAGGAGGAGAAAACCACAGAGUGGCAGGGGAAAGUGAAGAAUAAGAGAGAGAUGAUUUCAGGUGAAUUUAAGAAACUGCACACACUGCUGAGAGAGGAGGAGCAGCUGCUUCUGCAGAGCCUGGAGCAGGAGGAGAGGGAGACUCUGCAGAGACUACAGGAAAAUGUCACCAAACUUUCCCAGCAAAGCUCCUCUCUGCAGCAGCUGAUCACAGAGAUAGAGAAGAAAUGUCAGAAACCGGUUGCAGAGCUGCUGAAGGAUGUGAAAAGCACAUUGAGCAGGAGUGAGAAUGUGAAACUCCAGGAACCAGAAGCUGUUUCUACUGACCUGAAGAACGUGUAUAAAAUUUCCCUUGACAUGAGGGAAGCGCUGAAGAGAUUCGGAGUGGACGUGACUCUGGAUCCAGACACGGCAAAUCCCUCGCUCGUCCUGUCUGAGGAUCGGAAACGUGUGAGACGCGGAGACACACGCCAGGAUCUGCCCGACAAGCCUGAGAGAUUUGAUACGUACCCUGAAGUUCUGGGCGCUGAGGGGUUCGCGGGCGGGAGGCGUUACUGGGAGGUGGAGGUGGGAGACAAGACUGACUGGACUCUGGGGGUUUGUAGGGAAUCUGUGAGCAGGAAGGGGGAGAGUUCUUUCUCCCCUGAGGAUGGAUACUGGGCCGUGUGGCUGAGGGACGGGGGAUACGAGGCCCUCACCUCCCCCUCGACCCCCCUCCCCGUGAGCGUCCGGCCCGGCCGGGUGGGGAUUUUCCUGGACUAUGAGGCGGGCGAGGUCUCGUUUUACAAUGUGACUGACGGGUCCCAUCUCUUCACGUUCACUGACACCUUCUCCGGGACGCUCCGCCCUUAUUUCUAUACCGGUUGCACGCUGGGGGUGCAAACGCGGCUCCCCUGAUCAUCUGCCCGGUCCCGGCUCCGGCCGGGGGGAAUCUCGGUCCCUGACAGUGACCCCGCGGCACAGACCGGCCCCCCCGGCGCUGCUGCUCCUCCCGCCCCCCUGUGGUGGAGGCCGGUUACUGCAGCUACUGGAGUUUUUGUGCUGCCUGGACGCUGCCAGUUUCCCUUUUCCACUAGAGUAGAAAACCGGACACCUGGCAACCCGCCCAGGCUGGUGAGUGGGACCCACUUGCUGGAAGGAGCCCAGACAGAUUUUCCCCCCUCCCCCUGUGUUUGCUCCACCCCUGGCACAGGGCGAUGCUGGUAAGAAAUACUGCCAGACAGCGAGUGGUUUUUGCUGCCCUCACCUUUCCCCGUCCCCUGCCCAGGGGUAGCAGGUGGUGACGGACGGGGAUCAUUCACUCCUGUCAGAAUUUCUACCCCUGUGAAAUCUCAAUGCAAAAUAUGGGGGGAAAAGAUUAUGCUAAAUUAGAAAAUGUUAUUGUAAACAAAAGCAUUUUCAUUUACAUUUCAUUUACAGUAUUUCAGAAACAAGCAUCUAAACAUAUUUUUAGAAAUGGAAUUAUUUACAUUUAUUUUUUGAUUCUUCCCUUAAAUCUAUAUUGAGAUUUAACUUCUCUACAUAGCCUCAUUUGUAUUUCAACUGUGUCAUUUCAAGAAAUCUAAAAUAUUUAUCUUAUCAAAAUAAUUAUUAAAAACUGUCAGACGGGGUUGUUCAGUUAGAAUGUACGUGUGUCAUAAACAUCACAACUACACACAUGUGCAAUUGCUCUCUCUCUCUCUCUCUCUCUCUCUCUCUCUCUCUUUAUUGCCUUGACUGGUUCUCUCUGGGAGGCAGGGCACAUACACCCACCUCCUGCACUACACCUUUGAAAAUUAAUAGGUGAAAAAAUGAUAGAAUUAAUUAAGCAAUAUAUUUAAGUUAACCCACCCAAGAUUAUAUAAUAUUCUUUGAACUUCUGUCAGCAUGAAUUCAUGUGAUUUUUAACUUUCUAGCUACAUAUAAUUGGUAAUCAAGACAUGACCCUUCCUUUCUUGUUCUCACAUCAGUUAACAAAACAUGAUCCCGAACCUCAAAUGCUAUCUUCCUAUAUAUAGAAAUCACUUCUACAAUAUCCUUUUUUUUUAGUUUAUUUUUCUUUAGAAAUAUUAUUUGCAGGCAAUGUACUGUCAGUGUCCACUGUUGAUUUCAAUGUACUGAUGGGCUCUUCAUGUUCUUGGUUAUAAGGAUGCAACAAAUGUAGUUUGAUAAAGAAAUAGAGAAGGGGUUGUAUUCCUUUACUGAAUCAUCACAAAUUAACUUAAUUGUAUUGAAGACGCUGGUACUUAAUGGCCCAUAGCAUGACAUUUGGUGAAGCUUUAUUGGGAGACCUUUCUUCUCAGCCAUAAAUCAGUCGAAAGGGUGAUAUUUUUGUUGUCAUGUGAGGUUUAGAGUACAAAGAAAAUAAAGUUGCUCCAGGAAAUUCAUCACAAUUCCUCUGGGUUCUGUUCACCACCUUCUGGAAUGCUCUGUAAAAACAGUGACUGAUUGGUCUAAUUCCUUGGAAUUAGCAAUUGAACCUCAUUUCUUGAAGAGCUGGCUGAGUAGAGUGUGAGGGAAGGCACAUCACAUGGCAUUGUUUUGUUUUAAACGUGAUGCAUUAAGAACAUUUUCAAGGUAAUAAUUCAAUUUUGAAAAUAUAUUCGUGCCUUAAAUAUACCUUGAUUAUUUGAAAAUAAAUACCCUAAAGUUA